AUGCAAACAAACCCCACAACCUACGCAGCACACACCUUCGAAGCAGGCCUCCACGACCAAAAACCGUCAAUAACAUUCCAAUCCGAGAAAUGGGAAUCCCUAGCCGAAAAGGCUCUACCGGCAACAAGCUUCGCAUACGUCUGGGGGUCCGCGGGGCGGCGCGAAACCGACGAGCGCAACCGCACCGCAUUCAAGAAAUGGGCUAUCCUGCCGUCUCGACUCAUUGAGACGAACCGGCUGCCGAAUCUCAAGACGACCCUCUUUGGACAGACAUAUGAUUACCCCGUCGCGAUGGCGCCGGUGGGCGUGCAGAAGAUUUUCCACCCGGAAGGGGAGCUGGCGGCGGCGCUCGCCGCUGAGGAGGAAGGGGUUACGUAUAUCGUGAGCACGGCGUCGGCGACGAGUAUGGAGGAUAUCGCCGCGGUGAGGGAGGAUGGCGAAUGGUAUCAGCUGUACUGGCCGUCGAAUGAGCAUCCCGAGAUCACGGCGAGCCUGGUAACGAGGGCGAAGAAGGCCGGAUACAAGGUACUUGUUGUGACUCUGGAUACUUACAUGCUGGGCUGGCGGCCGAGUGAUCUGGAUAAUGGGUAUAAUCCGUUCAUCCGGAAGGACAAUAUCGGCGUGGAGAUGGGCUUCUCGGACCCGGCGUACCGGGAGCACUUCAAGAAGAAGUACGGCAAGGAGAUUGAGGAGGAUAUGAGCACUGCCGCUGCAGAGUGGGUGCAUAUCGUCUUCCCUGGGUCGAACCAUUCGUGGAAUGAUAUCCGGCACUUGCAGGAGCUGUGGGAUGGCCCGAUUGUGCUGAAGGGUAUCCAGACCGUGGCCGACGCGAAGAAGUGUGUCGAGUAUGGAGUACAGGGGAUAGUUGUUUCCAACCACGGCGGACGCCAGCAGGAUGGAGGCAUUGGAUCAUUGGAUGUAUUGCCGGAGAUUGUCGAUGCGGUUGGGGAUGAUCUUGAGAUUAUAUUCGACUCUGGCAUCCGUGGUGGAGCUGAUAUCGUCAAGGCAUUGGCACUGGGCGCAAAGAUGGUCCUCCUAGGCAGGCCAUAUAUAUACGGACUGUCCAUCGGAGGCAAGCCAGGAGUAGGACAUGUCUUGCGCUCCAUCCUAGGGGACUUAUCCUUGACGCUACAUCUUUCUGGGAUCACCGAUAUCAAGAAGGAAAACUUAAACCGGUCAGUCCUGCGGCGGAUUGACUGUUAA